AUGGAGUCUCGAGUCGCGGACGCCGAGGCUGGCCAGGCUGAGCGCGCAGCGGGCGAGGGCCGGACAAGCAGCAGCGCCGCUCAGGGACCCGCAAUCUCGGCGCCCUUGGGUGCUGCCCGUUGGAAGCUCCUGCGGCAGGUUCUGAAACAAAAACACCUGGAUGAUUGUCUACGACAUGUAUCUGUAAGAAGAUUUGAAUCAUUUAAUCUGUUCUCAGUAACAGAAGCCCAAAAAAGGGAAACUGAAGAGGAAGUUGGUGCCUGGGUUCAAUACACAAGCAUCUUGUAUCCUGAAUACAGUAUUUUCUUAAGGCAUAAUAGUGGAUCUUUGAAUGUUGAAGAUGUUCUUACCAGCUUUGACAAUACAGGAAAUAUUUGCAUCUGGCCGGCUGAAGAGGUUUUGGCUUACUACUGCCUCAAGCACAGUGAUGUAUUCAGGGACCUUGCUGUGUGUGAGCUAGGGGGUGGCAUGACAUGCUUGGCUGGGCUCAUGGUUGCUAUUUCUGCAGAUGUCAAAGAAGUUCUGUUAACUGAUGGGAAUGAAAAGGCCAUCAGAAAUGUGAGAGACAUCAUCACAAGGAAUCAGACGGCUGGUGUGUUUAAGACUGGGAACAUAUCAAGCUGCGUUUUACGAUGGGAUAAUGAGACAGAUGUCUCUCAACUGGAAGGACAUUUUGACAUUGUUAUGUGUGCUGACUGCCUGUUUCUGGACCAGUACAGAGCCAGCCUUGUUGAUGCAAUAAAGAGAUUACUCCAGCCCAGGGGGAAAGCAAUGGUAUUCGCCCCACGCCGAGGGAAUACUUUAAACCAGUUUUGCAAUCUAGCUGAAAAAGCUGGUUUCUCUAUCCAAAGACAUGAAAAUUAUGAUGAACACAUUUCAAACUUCCACUGCAAGUUGAAAAAGGAAAACCAGGAUAUAUAUGAAGAAAACCUUCAUUACCCACUUCUGCUUAUUUUAACCAAAGAUGAAUAG